GGGAAGGGAAGCGGAGCCCAUCGGCGGCGGCCGCCCCGGGAAGCGGAAACAUCGCCCUGCGAGGGGCGGUGCAGGGGCGGGCAGCGCGGGCUGCUCGGAUCCCAGAUGGUGGCGGCGGUGGCGGCUCCGUCUUCCUCUCCCCGCCCGUCCUCGGCCGGCCAUGGACCGCUACGUGCUGCUCCUCAGCUGGGGGGAGCGCAGGGCUGAGGGCGGUGCGGAGCCCGGAGCAGCAGUGACUGCUGCAAAUGUUUAUAAACUUCUGAAAGAAAACUGUAAUUCAUCUAUAAAUACAGAUGCAAGGACUUUUCCAGCAUGUUCAUUGGCUGGUAUUCCAGGCAUAAGGAAAUGGUAUUUUGCGAGUCAUGUUAUAUGUGGUUAUUAUCAGUUCUGCAGUUCUGACUGGGAGGAAAUAAAUUCCGAAACACAGAAUAAUGAAGACUCUCUCCAAAAAAGCAUUGAUGAAUGUCUGGGAGCCAUACAGAAUUUUGAGGAAGAAGACAAUAACAGUAGGGAGUCACUGUCUAUGACUGACAUUUAUGAUGAAGCUGCAGAAAGUGUGCAUCAGUUAGCUGACAAACUGCCUGCCCCAGGAAGAGCAAUGGUUGAUGUUAUACUACAGGCUGUAGAACGAGAUGCACCCAAGUUAAAAGACUGCUUACCUGCUAUUGGUGCCCUGAAACACCUGAAAGAAUGGCACUCUGCGCAAAUCACCAUUGCAGCAAAUGACUCUAAAGGCUGGCAAAAGAUUGCAGACUACCUAUCGGCAGACUUUGUGUCUUCAGAUAAUGUCAUGAAUAUUAUUGAUUUCAAAGAACUCUGGAGGGGAAAGAUUCAGAUAUGGGAAAGAAAGUUUGCAUCAGAAGUCAGGUUUCCAGAAUUUUGUAUGAAGAGCACUUCUGUAAAGCCAUUCAGCACUUCACAUUUAAAUUCUUGCUUUGCUCUUGAAAAAGAGCAACAAUAUAGGAAUACUGAUGCUUUGCCAGAGGUUUUUCAUUACUAUGGUCCUGCGUUAGAAUUUUUACAGAUGGUUGUCCUCUCUGACCUACCGUCCUUUUUUGUAUCAGAUCUGGAAUUUGAGCUGAGCCUGUCAAGAAAGAAUAUCAAGAAAACAUCCGCGCUGCUUUUAGAUCAGAUUUCUUCUCUAUCUGGGAAGGUGGGAGCUUUAUUUGCAUUGCCAUGCAAUGUAAGCAGUAUAGUGAUCCCAUCCCCUGCCCAGCUGGGUACAAAGAAAUGGAAGGAGUAUAUGGCUAGGAAACCUAAGAUCAUUACUGUUCCAGAAAUUGAACUGAAAGGAGAAUCUUGCCGAUAUUAUUUCUUGCUACAAGGCAAUGGCUCUGGAGGAUGUAAAGCAACCUUGAUUCAUUCUGCUACCCAAAUCAGUGGUAUGGCCACUCUUGCUACAGUAAAUGGAAAGCUAAAGACAAACACAGAAGAAACAGAGUCAAGCUUUCCUAUCGCUGACUUUAUCGAGUCUCUGCCACAUUUCUGUGGAAAGCAGAUUGUACAGAGGGAAAAGAAACUGUCUUGCCUCCAAGCAUCUGCCUUGAAGGAGUAUCUAAAGAGAAAGGAAUUGACCAAACAACCUCCAGUUAUUUCAGCUGGUGAGCUCAGAAACUUGUUAGAACUUACAAGAAAAUGUUUUUUGGACCUGUGCAACACUAGUCUUCCUAGACCUGUUCGACAGAAGUUUGACAAUAAAACUAAGACACGUAGUGUGACUUCUGAAUCUGAUUUAAUGGAGUUGAAUCCAUUGGACUGGCCAGAGAGACAUGUUCUUCAGAAUUUGGAAAACUUUGAAAAAAUCAAGCAGAAAAUGAGGGCUUCUGUGUUUGCACAUUCAUCUGAACAACUUCUGGGGCACAAAGAUAGCCAGCGGGAAUCGCUGACAUUGCUCGAUGCUAAAGAAUUACUGAAGUACUUCACACCAGAAGGUCUGCCAGUUGGUGAUCUUCAGCCACUACAAAUUCCCAAACGUGAAAAUGCAUUCCUUUUGACACCAGAGCUUACUCCUCGGAAACUUAGAGGCUUGCCUUUUGAAAAAGCAGCUGUGUGCCACUAUCAUGGACUUGAAUAUUGUCUAGAUAACAGAAAAGCCCUAGAGAGAGAUGUGGGAUAUGCUGAACUUCAAACUCGUCUUAUUCGCUAUGAAACUCAGACUACUUGCACCAAAGAGUGCUGCCCUGUGCCGGUUGUCUUGAGCCCUCUCCCAUCUCCUGCAGUCUUGUCAGAGCCUGGAAGCGUCCCCGAUGGAGAGUCUUUACAAAGUGAAUUCAGAACAGAGGCAUCAAGGCUCAAACGCAGAUCAAAAGACUUGGACUGCUUUUAUCCCAAGAAGAGACUAACCAAAUCUGAGAGUACAGACUCUCCCCUCUCCCAGGCAAGCGGAGGUAGUGGAAGUCACAAUACAGUGGUUGUAACAAGGAAACGCUCUGAAAGAUCAGCUUCUUUAACUUCAGUGCAAUUGAAACACGCUGGUCAGCUCCCCAAAGUCACCACUAAGGUUGGCUCAGCAAGUCACAGAAGUGCAACAGAACCUGAGACUUCAAAGCCGGUUAAGGAAUCAAGAUCUCAGAAACAUACAAGGAUGCUGAAGGAGGUGGUAGCCAAGACUCUUCAAAAACAUGGAAUUCCGGAGAAUCACAAGUGCUUUGAAUUGUGCAGCCAACGUCUAUUUGAGAUAUCAAAGUUUUACUUAAAGGAUCUUAAAACUUCUAGAGGACUUCUUGAUGAAAUGAAGAAAACAGCAAAUAACAAUGCUAAACAGGUGAUUGAAUGGGUUUUGGAAAAAUCUGGCAAGUAGAUUAACUGCUAUUCACACCUUCCUAGAAACUGUGGAGAGAGCACUUCUGAUUGCAAGAAAAACAUUAUACUGGAUAACACGUACAUACACAUAUGCAAGCAUCAGAAGAACUUUGGUCAGUGCAACUAUAUAGGCUUUUCAAGCGCAGUAGCAUGCUUUGAAACUUUUUAUACUGAAAGUUUUACUUUUUUUAAAUUUUCAAAUGAAAAAGGUUUUAUUUUAUUUGCAUAUUUAUUACCUUUCAUUGUUAGACAGAAUACAGCUUGGUCUUUAUAAAGCUUUGUAUCUUUUUCAAUGAGUGUAUUUUUAAUGUGAAUUAAAAAAAAAUGCCAGAUUUAAUUUUAAUAACGGGACUACUUUGUUCUACUUUAUUGCACAAAGACUUAUAUUUAUUACUACUUGCUGUUGUAUAAGCUGAAUAAAACUGCUUGCAGCGCGGA